AUGUGGACAAUCUCUAGAUCUUCUCGCGAAGUCUAAAGAUUAAUGAAAUGGGUCGUCGAGUCGUCUCCGGUGGCUGUCACUCGGCGGAGCGGAAAAACGGCGACUUUGUGGCUCUCCAGCGGUUGUCACCCAACGAAGAGGAGCUGGAUGGAGGUGGGGCGUAUGUCAGGGAGCUUCAUCCUCAGGUCUGCACAGCAAGAGGAGGCUCUUCAUCGCAUCUGGUACGCUCUCAAGAGGUGGCGACUCGUCUCCCGGCGGAUCGUCCUCUUCCUGACGACGGCUUGUUCAUCGAUCAAUCGAAGAUGAUUUACUCAAUGGAUUCGCGAUCCUUUUAUCGCGAAUCGUUUAGCAAUUUUAGUAGCAAUGCUCCGCGAAUCGCGUUGAUGAGAUUUUCGUCGAUGAUCCAACGAUUCUCGUUGCUUAAUCCUUCACCGGCGAUCUGCAGGAAAGUCACAAUAAUCAGAUAAAAAUAUAUGAAUUUUGACUCUGGGAGGAUUCGAACCCGCGCCAGUUGUCCACCCCUUCUGAGGAAGGUGUGACGCGGGUUUAGUCCCACAUCGGUUGUGCAUCAAUUGUUCGGGUGAAUAUAUAGUAAUAUUAGCUUUUUGAGCAAAGUUCCUUCUCUCGCGUGUACGACCACUCCUUGCCCCACAGCCGGCUGACCACUGGUGACGUGGAAGGGGAGUGGCGCACACGUGCCCCUAUCGGUCCAAGCCGCUCGAGCCCCUGCUCGCGGCUACUCCCCGACUGAGCUUCCGACCCGCUUGCGGGCCCGGCUGGCCGGCGGGUCCCCCCCAUUUUACAAUAUUUUUAUUUCUAUUUCUUGUUUUUCAUUUAUCUCAAAAGUAAGACUGUAAAAAUCGUAUAAAAUCACAUAAUUACCCAAAAAUUCACAUUAAUAAACUGAAAACCACUUUUCACACUUUAACACAAAUAUAAGUCUAUUUAUCAUGAGUUAAGGCUAAAACUAUAUUAUUUACUAAUUAUUAACUCAUGAUAAUGAAGACUUAUCACUCACCAUGUUAUUAUCUAAAGAUGUGCCUUUAAAUUUUAAUGAGAAAUAUUUUGAGUCUUUUUCUAAUAUAAAAAGAUUACUUACUGAGACACCUAUUUUAAAAGCUCCUAAUUGGUCCCUUACCUUUGAAAUAAUGUGUGAUGCAUUAAAUUAUGUAGUGGGAGCUGUUCUAGGACAAACAAAAGAGUCAAAACCCACAGUAAUUUUAUAUGCUGGUAAAACUAUAUCCGAUGCUCAAUUAAAUUAUACCACGACUGAAAAAGAGUUGUUAGCUAUAGUAUUUUUGUUAGAAAGGUUUAAAUCAUAUAUUUUGGGAACUAAAUUAUUAUUUAUACUGAUCAUGAAAUAUUAAAAUAUUUGUUAAAUAAGAAAGAUGCAAAGCCAUAUUUAUUAAGAUAGAUUUUAUUAUUAUAAGAAUUUGA